CAGACUCUUUCAGGUGAGACUGUUCACGGUAAAAAAGUACGGCGAAGUUUUUUUCUAUUUAUUCCUCUCCGAGCAGUGGCGAUUGACUUCUUAUCUUCUCCAUCUUUCCGUUCUUCAAAUCCCAUUCCUCUAUAUAAAUCCAGUCAUAACUGAACCAGAUCAUCGUCUUCCUCAGAACCCAAAUCUUGCCGGAUUCCCAUCUGUAGACGAGGGGUUCCAGUUGAUGCCGCGAAGAGGGAGGGGUGUGCCGGAUGAUGCUGCCGAUGGUCGAUUGCCGGAGUUUGAUCGAGUUCUGCCGAUCAUUCGAGCCGCGCAAGAACAGGAACCGAUUCAGUCCCAAUUCCCACCGGGUUUCCCGGGGCAAUAAGAAUCCCUGCUGCCUCAAUCGUCUAGCUCGCCCCUUCUGCGGCGAUCACUCCCCCAUGGCGGCGCUCGAUGCGGUUAUACUCGUCCUCGUCCUCGGAUCUCUAGGGUUUCUGAUCGUCCCCUAUUUCGCGUCCGUCAUCGCCCAUCUCUGCCCGGUUCUGCUCGACAUCGUCGUCGAGGUCAUCAGCGACGCCCCGGUUGCGUAUUUCGCCGGACUGGUCGCGACGCUUCUGGGGGUGAUUGCCGCGAUCGUGGCCUGGGAGAUCGUCGAUCUGCGGUCCAGGAGGUGCGGGAAUCCGAAUUGCCAGGGGUUCAGGAAGGCGGUGGAGUUCGAUAUCCAGCUCGAGUCGGAGGAGUGUCUCAAGUACUUGCCGCCGGAAGUCGCCGCCAACGGGAACGCGUUCUACAAUUACGGCGCGAAGCCAUUGGAGCUAGGGCAAGAUCGGAAGGAGCUUGAGGCGGAGCUCAAGAGAAUGGCGCCUCCCAAUGGACGGACUGUCCUCAUCUUCCGAGCUCCCUGUGGAUGCCCAGCAGCUCAACUGCUCGGGGAAGGAAGGUCUCCAUCUUUCCUGUCCGGCCUUUUUGAUGAAAAGGGUUACUGGCCUGGAGAAAUGAUUGCCUAACAAGUCUUCCCUCUAUGUGCUGCUACUACAUCUCAUGAGUAGACUUUGACAUAUCUUUUUAGCUUUUGCUUUGUAAUAAUGAUUUGACCUCUUCAAAAACAUUCAAGGCUUAUUAACUAAAAAAGGAUGAGCCCUAUCCCGAGGGCUCCUAAAGAUUCAACUGGACGGUCACUGAGAAAAGUUGUUAGAAACCAAAUCCAGGUCUUACUUCAUUGGCACUCCUUGUCUUACUAGCUGCGCAACGCCCGCCGACUGUCAUGGCUUAUUAAGUGAAGGGCUUGAUGGAGGAUAAAUGAAUAUUGGGUGGAGUC